AUGUCAACUAAAGAGGACGCAAACACCAUUUUUGUUGCUCCUCUUUUCCAUCCUAUUCCUAUAUCAAGGUGGUGGUCGAAGGAGACGGUGGCGAUAGUGACUGGAGCAAACAAGGGCAUCGGAUUUUCCCUAGUUAGGCAGCUGGCGGAGCUAGGGCUUACGGUUGUUCUGACGGCCAUAGACCAUGGCCGCGGCCUUGCAGUCGUUGAAUUAUUGAAGAAUGAAGGCCUUCUCGUUCACUUUUGUAGGCUUGAUAUUUCUGACCAAAAUUCUAUCCAUGAUUUUGUGGCAUGGUUUCAACAUGCUUUUGGUGUUGUGGAUAUCCUGAAGCUGAAGAAUCCCAAAUUAAAAGCAAUCCUUCUCGAUGAAGAAAAUCUAUUGGAAUCGCAAUUAGAUGGAAUGAUCAAUUUAUUUCUAGAAGAUGUGAAAAAUGGGACAUGGAAAAGCAAUGGGGAUGGCCUCAAAUUUGGACUGACUAUGCAGUUUCAAAAUUGGCUCUUAAUUGGCUAG